UCUUCAAGUUUGGGAGGUGUUGAAUAAUUUUUGAGGGAUUUUAUUUUUAUUAAUUUAAAAUAACAAAAUAAAUAAAAAUAUGUGAUAAACAAAUAUUACAAACGUUUUAAAUAAAUUGUAUUUAUAAAAGAAACAAAGAAAACUGAAAAAGAAAUAGGCCAAGUGAUAAAAAGAAAAAUAAAAAACCAAUUGUAUGUAAAUGAGUGUGGCUCUAUGAAAAUAGAAAAAAAGAAGGAACAACAACACAUAAUAGAGGAAAGAAUAAACGAGAUAAGAAAUGACCAUAAAUUAGACGAGAAGGAGUAAAAUUAGUUUCUAUAGAGAUUAGAAAAUAUUCAAGAAUUUCUUAUUAAAGAAAAAAAAAAAUAAGGAAAUAAAUAAAUGCAGUCGCCGAACACACACAUGAAAAUUGUGGUUUAAUUAAAAUUGUUGGUGGAAUUUCAAGAAAUUAACUUUUUGUGGUCAUUGCAAGAAGAAUUUCACAGCACAAUUAUGUCUUCGGCACUGGAUAUACAAAUCGUGUCAGCUCCCAAUCUGGCGAAAAUAGAAAACUAUUUAAAAGAUGCCUCCUAUCGUGAAACCAUCGAGUAUAGUGCAAAUUUCAAUACACGUUUGUGUCUGGAGCGUCGUCUACGUUUACCUUUUCUCGAUCCACAAACUGGAGUAGCCCAGAAUCAUUCGCAUUUGUUUAUGGACAAGAAGCAACGUAUGCCCGGCUUUAGGCAGGGUCAAAUCUAUACGUAUCCGGCAACACGAUGGCGUAAAAGUAGACGUCAAUAUUUAAACAAAAUGUACAAAUUUCCCGAUCGUCCUUUCCAGGCUUUACGCAAAGAUCAUGAGGCUCUAGUAGCUAGUAGUGCCGGCUCUGGAGCUGCAGGCACUGCUUCACCCACAGUCUCUGCUGGCCUACAACAAGAUCCCGACCUUAAUAGUUCACUAAUGGAAGAAUCCUCCUCUCUAGGAGCAGCUGGCGGUGAUACAUCCGAUAGUAAAGACAGCCAACAACAGCCGCAGCAACAACAACAGCAAACACAAUCAUCUCAAUUGAAAGAAGACCUGCCUAAAGAAUGGUUUUACGAUGAUAUUGAUAUCAAUGAUAACGAUUCAUUGGAAGAGCCAAAAUCUCCUGCCGAUGAUGAAUACGAUUAUGAUCCACGUUAUGGCACCAAGAAACGAAGAAAGCGUGGACGUGGCAAAAAAGCUACUCUAACACCAGGCGAGGGAGGUGGUCCGGGUCCUGGGCGACGUCGUUCUGGUGCAGGACGUGGACGUUCAGCUUCUUCGGUACAAAGUGCUGCUUUUACAGACACUUCCCUAUCGGGUUUAGAUUCUAUAGAUGGCAUGGGUACUGGUAGUGCAGAGGGGGGAGCUACUUCCACACCCACCACUACUACCGGUAGGCGGGCUCGUGGUACGGGAACUCGUGGUAGACGUCGCGCUAAAGCGGGCUCUUCCGGCAAUUGUGAUCCUCCCAGUCCUGGUAAUGCUGAACCUCCCUCCUUCGAAUCGGCUGCCGCUGCUGUAGGUGUUAUGGAUAAUCUAUCGGCCGUGGGUGAAGAUCAUAGUGCAGAUUUACGUAAUUAUCGUAAAUAUUUGUAAAUUUUUCUCAUUUCUGGAUUUUCAAUUGUAAUAUUUUAUUAUUAAACAAAAAACAACAACCGUUUUUCUAUUUGUUAGCAAUUACUUGAUAAUAGUUUUUAAAAAAUGGUUAAUUAUAUUAUGCAUAAACAAAUAAUGGUUUAUAAAUAGUUAUUCAUAUAUUAGUUUUUUUUAUAAAACCAAAAAUUUUUUAAAAAUAUUCAACAAAUAACAAAUUUGAUUUUAAAUAUUUUUUUUAUUAAAAUUUUUAAAUUUUUAAUGACAACAGACAACUUUGAAAACUAAAUAUUUUCCUUCAUUCACUUGUAUCCUUUCAAAUAGUUCCAAACUAUUACACCAUUUCUAAACCAAAAUAAAAUAAUAAAAUUAUUUCUAAAUCCCUUAAAUAUAUUUUUAUUUUUAACCAAAAAAAAAUAUCCCUAAAAAGCUUUAAUCUUAAAAAAAUAUGUUAUUUCUUUUAUUAAAGCAUCUCUACAAGAGCUUCUCUUUGUUCCUCUCUUUAACUACAAUAGACAAAUUAUUAUUAUUUUUAUUAUUAUUAUAACAAAAUAAUUAUUUUUUUUUGUUAAUGAACAAUU